UGUGUUUUUGUAAUGUUACGUUUUUUUGUAGCUGAAUUUUUUCUUACGAAGGAAGCUGAACGCUUCCGUCUGAUUUAACAGGGUAAUUCUGUUGUAGUUCCACACAGUGCCCAGCAGAGGGAGGCAGACCCACACAGUGAUCAUCAGAGAGAGGCAGUUACACAGAGUGAACACCGGGUGUCGCUGUGAGCGUAUUUGGGUCAGAUUGACGUCAUUGUUGGGGAAUGCUAAAGAUGGCGCUGGGCGGUCAGAGGAAUGUUGCCGCAGCAACAAGCUGAAGGGAUUUAAUUAAUCUUCCAGCCGGCAGCGAGUUCCUGUUUCCUCCACGGACCGAAUACUUCAGGUUCUGAACCCAAAUAUGAGCCCAGUAGACCCGGUCAGAGCCCGGUAACCCUGUGGUGUCCCUCCGGUUAAAAUGGUAGCCGGAUCCUCGGAGAACAACAGAAGCUGCUGCGGAGUUCGGCCCACCGAGCCGGAGGAUCUUACGGCCGGGGCCGAGGCGUCUGCGGCGGACUGAGGGGGUCAUGGAAACGCCGAAGGAGAACGGAGGCUCGGUUUCUGUGGAUCUGAACGAAAACGAAGAUGAGCCGGUGGGUUUGGAGGGGAAACCGGGUCCCAGGAACCUGAAGGAGCGCAGCCUGACGCUGCUGGCCGGUGUCAGCGGGGGUCAGGCGGCGGGCUGGACCCGGAAUCCGGUGGAUUUACACGGGAGGAACGCAGCCAGAGACCCGGAGAUCAUGCUGGUGGCUGCGGAGGACGGGUACCUGUCCGGCCCGGAGGUGUUGGGCGGUGUGAACGGGUUUUCCCUGGAAGAAGGAGGUCCGGCCGCUUCCUGUCCAGCUGCGCUCCAGGAGGAAGGAGACUCUUCUCCCCCCCAGGACCAACGCUCAUGUCCAGGGAGACCGAACCGGACCCCCGCGGGUGUAAACAUGUCCAACGGGGUAGCUGACAGUCCUGAGGCGGCGGUCCGGUGUCUGGGUCGGAGACUGGAUCAGUGUGAGCUGGGCUGUGAGGAGGUGAAAGUAGCUAACGGUGGUUUGCACAUGAUGGACCCCGGUUCUGAGUGGCCCGGUUCCGAUUACUUCCCUGUAAACAGACACUCUGACCCGGGGUUCAGGCGGAACCGCUCCCCCAGCUGGGGCGACCCCAGAUCCGGCCCACCAUUCACCCCGGAACCGAGCCCCGGCCCCGCGUCGCCCUGCCCGUCCAGCCCGCUGUCCGAGCCCAACACCCGGCACGAGGAGCCGCUCGGUGACCCGGAUGUUCCCGCCAGGCCGCAGAGUCUGAGGACUAACCCCGCAGCCAGCGUGUCCCGCAGCUGUGACGCCACCCCGCUGUCCCCCGAUGAGGACGGGGGGUUCAACUUUGACCCCGAGGCGGGUCGGAGGCAGAGCGCCCCGGACAAGCUGAGUGAGGAGACCGGGGGUUCGGAGCUCAAAGUGAUGCCCAAAAGGUUCGGCAUCGCUGACUUCUUCACCAGGAGCCUGUUUUCUAGAAAACCCAAAGAGUCCAAGGCAGCGUCCCACAAUGCAACAGGAUGGCGACUGUUCAGCAAGUCAGAGACCAGAGAGGAGGACCAGAGCGGAGAGGCGGCCAUGACGCCUCAGCAGCAGGAGGACGAGGACUCGCCGUGUCCACAGCGCCCCCCGGCUGCAGGGAGGAGGAAGAACCUGGAGUUUGAGCCUCUGUCCACCACCGCUCUGAUUCUGGAGGACCGGCCGUCGAACCUGCCGGCCAAAUCCCUGGAGGAGACGCACAGACACAAGCUGGAGUACGAGGAGAUGGUGGCUGGAGCCAAGAGGAGAGAGAUGAAGGACGCCCAGAAGAAGAAGCGCCAGAUGAAGGAGAGACACCGGCAGGAGGACAGCAUCUCCAACGCCAUGGUGGUCUGGAACACCGAGAUCCUGCCGCACUGGGACGCCAUGAAGGGGACGAGGCGGGUCCGGGACCUCUGGUGGCAGGGCCUUCCUCCUGGAGUCCGAGGACGAGUCUGGAGCCUGGCCAUCGGCAACGAGCUCAACAUCACAGCAGAACUGUAUGAGAUCUUCCUGUCCAGAGCCAAGGAGAAGUGGAGGAGCUACAGCGAGACGAGCUCGGUCAACGACAACGAGAGCGACGGAGGAGCGUCUCUGGCGGACCGGGAGUCCAGUCUGGACCUCAUCAAGCUGGACAUCUCCAGAACCUUCCCGUCUCUCUUCAUAUUCCAGAAGGGCGGGCCGUACCACGACCUGCUGCACAGCGUGCUGGGAGCCUACACCUGCUACCGACCCGACAUCGGCUACGUCCAGGGCAUGUCGUUCAUCGCCGCCGUGUUGAUCCUGAACCUGGAGGAAGCCGAGGCCUUCAUCACCUUCGCCAACCUGCUCAACAAGCCGUGCCAGAUGGCUUUCUUCAGGGUGGACCACGAGCUGAUGCUGAAGUAUUUCACCGCCUUCGAGAUUUUCUUUGAGGAGAAUCUUCCUCGACUCUUCAGCCACUUCCAGACCAACAGCCUGACCCCUGACCUCUACCUGAUCGACUGGAUCUUCACGCUGUACAGUAAGUCUCUCCCGCUGGACGUGGCGUGCCGAGUGUGGGACGUGUUCUGCCGGGACGGCGAGGAGAGCCUGUUCCGGACCGGCCUGGGGAUCCUGCGCCUCUUCCAGGACGUCCUGCUGCAGAUGGACUUCAUCCACAUCGCCCAGUUCCUCACGCGUCUCCCUGACGACCUGCAGCCGCACACGCUGUUCGCCGCCAUGGCCAACACGCACAUGAUCAGCCGGAACCGCCGCUGGGCUCAGGUGUUCUCCGCCGUGAUGAAGGACGGGAACUUCAGAGAGGCGGAGAAGUCCGGCAGCCCGGCUCUCAGGAGCUAACGCUGCCCCAACAUGGAGCCGAGAGACGGCUGGACUUCCUGGUGCUCCCUCUGCUGGCCGGGAGGGGAACCGCUAAAGAACUGUUCCGGUCCAGUUCCUCUCCACUUCCUGCUCCGGGUUCCUGGAUCAGCUUAAGCAGUAUUGAUCCCAGAUGAAGGAUUCAGACGUUCAGAACGUGCUGCAUGCUUCGUCUGGAUCCAGAUUUCCUCUCAGCACUUUAUUCCUGCAGAACCCAGCGGAACCGCCCGACGGACCCGCUGGUUCUGUUUGACCCGCCUGCUGGUCGCCUUCCAGGAGUAAAACUGUGAGCUCCUCCUGCACCAGCACCCAGAGUUCAGGGUGGGGGGGUGUGACCCUGAGAUCAUGUGAAUCAGUGACGAUGAAGAAGCAGAAAUACUGAGGAAGAGCGACAGAGUCCCUGAAGUUACACAUUUUAAUCAUAACUAUCAUCUAAAUAUUGUUAAAAACCCAAACGGAUCCGAUCCAUGAGCUCUGAUGGGUUUAAUCCCAUCAGCAGGUCAGAUGCUGAAAAAUCAGAUUUUUUUCCCCGUUCAUUGAACGCAUCACCAGCAGCACAUUGAUGCUGGUUUCCAACAUUCCCACCGAGCUGCAGAGGAAGUCCAAACACUCCUACUGGUUCUGGUUCUGAACCAGAUAAAUCACAUCAUCACAUGUUGACCUUUGACCUUUUCACACCUGGUGAGCAUCAGAGGAAGAGUCAAUGUUUCCAGGAACAUGUCGGUGGUUCUGGUUCUGGUUCCGUUUGGAGGUAAAGAACCCAGAACCUGGUUGUUCAACACUAGAAGCUUCAGGCAGGAAGUGGUUCUUUCAAAGUAAAACUCGACCAAAGUGUGAAUCUUUACCGAUCAGAAUCUGGAUCGACCCGCUCCGUGUUGGUUCCGGAUCAACACUAACCCGACCAGACGGACCUUCGGUACCGGCAGCAGACGCUCCGACGGUUAAAGUAUUAAACUGCUUCCUGAUCCUCAGCGCUGUAAAUUAUUAAAUUAUUCAAAUGAAACUAAAAUGGAUUAAAAACUACAAAGAUUGGAAAAUAACCGAUCCGGACCCAGAUUAGUUUCCCUCGGUUCUGGUCCCGGUUCUGGUCUCUGCUUGUGUUUCACUAACAGAAUCCACUUUCUCUCCCACGUCGACUUCAAACUAAACUUAUUCCAUCAACAUGUUUUAUUAUUUAAACUUUUCAGCUGUUUUAUAUUUUAUUGUUUGUUUAUUUAGCUUCUCUGUUUCACUUCAGUGUAUUUUCCCAUAAUGCCUUACAGUUGAUGUAAAUAAACUGUAAAAAUGUUCUUUUUCAUAUGACGCCGCUAGUCUGAUGUGUAAAUAAAUAUCUAAGCAAUCUG